UUGAUUCCCAGCACCCACGUGGUGCCUGACAACUAUCAGUAACGCCUGUCCUAAGAUCCAGUGCCCUCUUCAAGAAGACAUACUUGCAGGCAAAACAGCUCUACCUAUAAAAUAAAUACAUUUAAGGUAAAUAAAUAAAAAAUGUUUCUUUGAAAUAGCAAAAGCCACAUAAGCAUUCAUUAAAUAACAUACAAAUAAGUCCACUUGAGAAAACAGUAAACAAGGAGUUAGGAAAUCCACCAUCACAACUCUUUAUUUAUAAGGCUUUAAUCCAGAUGCCCUUGUCUCCUACCUAGACUGCCAUGCCCAGUGUCUCAGGGAGUAAACAGAAUAAAGCUCCUGUCUCUCCUCUUUGGCUUCUCCCCUCCCUUGGAAGGCCCAUAAUCUCCCAGCAUGUCAGCGUUCUUUUCUCAGCAGUGAUUAAGGAGUCCUCUACAAAGAGGAUUAAAGCAUAGUCUGUGCAGGGCACUGGGCAGGGUUACUUGACCUGGAACCCAAGCACUCUGCAUUUUUAGAGUCACUAGCAUGGCUCUCAUGCCAGGAAGUAGCAAGGAUGGACCUUGGUCUGGAGAUAGCCCAGAUUCUUCAUGCUAUGCGGAAAGUCCCCGGUUGAUGAAUCCUCUCUCAAGGAACAGAGAGAAGACUGGCAGAUGUGAAGGUCAGCAGGAUGCUCAGGUGUCUCCAAAGCCCCGCCUGCCCUCUAUUGUGGUAGAGGUCUCAGAGGAGAACAAGGAAGACCAGGAGGAUAGCCAGUGGCCACAUGAGGAGUUGCUGCUGCUCACUGAUGGUGAAGAGGAGGAAGCAGAAGCCUUUUUCCAGGAACAAAGUGAAGAGCCAGGUUGGGCUUGGAUCCCACAGGAUCCCACAUCUCCUUUAAGAACGUUUAACCCUGGUCUUGCCUGGGAGCAUGAACAAGAGGAUGGCUCCUGGGUCACUGAGGACAUAGAGCGUCAAGAAACUCCCAACCCCUGUCCUCUUUGGGACCCAACAGAGUCCUGCAUGUACAGAACCCGAUUUGUGGAAUAUUCCCAUUUCCCACCUCCCAGUACCUUUGGGGGUAAGUAUUGUUCUUUCUCCCUUCAUUUCGUUUCUGUGUUUUCAACACAAUAGACGGAGGUGGAUCUGAGUUCAAGAACAACCUGUUCUACAGAGUGAGUUUAUGGGCAGCCAGGGCUUUUAGACAGAGAAACCCAGUAUCGGAAAACUAAACGUUAGGGCUACCAGAUUACAGUUAUCUGUCUU